AUGGAGGCUGUGAGACCUAAGAAGAGCAAACCGAAAACCAGCGGAAAAUCUCAGUUGGGCAAGAAGCAGAAGCAAGCAGACGAGGACAAAAACUGCCCAGCUCCAUCCGCUGACUGCGAUGGCUUCUCCGAGAUCCCACUCAGUUUGCCUCCCUGUCCAGAAGAGACCAAAGAGGAUCAGAAGGAUCCUGUCCAGACCGCCAACACAGCAGCAGAGCCUUCUGAGAAACAAGAGCCUUCCUCAGCACAGACUCAAAAUACAUCAGAGUCGACUGAAACUCUACUGUCAGGUCUGAAUCUGUCAGCAGAGACGCCACAAGUGACAGAGCAACAGAAAGAGUCAAACCGCGAAGAUGAGGGGGUGGAAGCUCAGGUUCCUGAGCUCAAAACUGCACCACAAACCAACAAGUCUGAAAAAGACGUGCAGUUGUGGAAUCAACCUUUUGUGACGACUCAGUUUGGCAUCUCAAGUGCUCCUGCUCUAUACCCGUCUCUUGCAGCACUGGAGGAGGAUGCUGUGAUGCAGAUCUAUGAGAAAGCUGUGAAAAACUGCGCGAGGGAACCUGCAGUGUUGGCACUGCCGGAGCAGGAAUCCUCUCCCUUGAGUUUGCAGCCUCUGAAGGCUGUAGCUGAGCUUUCCAGGAGCAAACUGUACCCAGAAUUACCCAAAACAGCCCCAGAGAUGCAGGCCUUUUCACUGGAGCAGCUGAGCGUGUGGGAGCCAGGCGAAGGGCUGCGGACUUGGCUGGAAGGUGUUGAGGUUUGUGCCGCCCAGUUCUGUGCUCUGGCCCAUCAGGAGAACCAUGAACUGACAGAACUGCUGCAGAACUACUGGCGCUGCCGCCGACAGCUGAACCAGUCACACACGCAGCUGCACACUCAGUCAUCUGACUGCAAGAGCACACAGAAUCGUCUCUGGAGCUUCAAAGAUGAACAGCUCACACUUCAGGGUGUGUGUGCAGACCAGGCUAAGGUUUGUGGAUACCAUCGUUUCCAGCAGGCAGAGUUUAGUCAGACUGUUCUGGCGGAGCUGCGGCUACUCUUUGAGGCCUGCAGUGAGCUCCUCCACCAGAAGGUGGUGCUGCAUGCCUACACCGCUCUGCUGUCACGCCUGCAAAUUGAAUCCUAUUUGUAUCGCCUACUAAAAGAAUGCUCUGGAAGCCAAACCCAGCCUUGCUCUCUCCAGCCUCUGAAAGAGGCCAUCAGUGUCCUGUUUAGCUUCACACGGAGAGUCCUUGAUGACACACAGUUCCAGACAGACAUCCAUCAGUGGCUGGAAAGGCUGGUUGUUGUCCUGCUGCGUAUUGGAGGAUCGGGGGAGCACCUUUACCUGCUGUGUCAUCUUCUCUGCUGUCCUGCUGGAGUGGGAAAGUGGGCAGCUCCGUUCCUUCAAAUUCAGGUUUUGGGGAACUCUGGAGUGCAACAUUUUAUGCAAGCAUUAGCCAUCUUAAUGUCGCCUGCCAGGCACCGUGCAGAGUUUCUGGGUCACAUGAAGCCUUGUGAGAGUCAGAGCUCAGCAGCUUCCGGACCCGAGUCUGGCAACUGGACCCUCGUUGAUGAAGGUGGAGAAGAGGAUGAAGACCCAGAGAGCAGCUGGCUCCUGCUCUGUGAGGAAGAUCUGAUCUCCCUGCUGAGCCAGUUCCCCUUCCAGCAGCUCUACUCACACAUGCUGGGGAUGAGCAAACAGGGUGUCUAUGAGCCUCAGGCCUGCUCCAGUCAGAAGAUGAUGCGUGUCUUUGCCUUUGCUUCCUCGCUCGUUGAAAUUCUCGCCCGUGGCCUCCAGACCUACAACAGAGCUCGCUACAGGCAGCUGGUCAAACGAAUAGGGCACAUCAUCCGAAUGACAGUGUGCUACGUCAGUGACCACUGGGCCCAGUAUGUGAGUGUGACUGAUGCCAGUGGGUCCAGCUCUCAUGUUCACUCCUUAACUCUGGAAAAACUGCAGCUGGAAUAUGAUCACCUCUUCCUCAGAGCUGUUUUGCAUGUUCUCAGAAAUAAAAGGUUGGGCAUUUGGUUGUUUAUGUCUGAGAUGCCCUACGGGACGUUGUCCAGCUCUAUGCUUUGGAAGGUCCUUUAUGUCAUGCAGUGUGCAGAGACAGCAGGACUAGAAACUCUCAGCACUGUUGGAGACACACAAUCCUGCAUUCAGGCUCUCAGAGACUUGAAGCACCAGGAGAGAUUUGAAGGGUGGUUGUGUGAAGUGAACAGUUCUGACGGCAUUUCCCUCCUCACUGCACUGGCACACAUGGCGACGCCCACUCAGCACUUUGACCCCAUGUUCAUCACAACCAUAACUCUGCUGAUUUACCAGGUGUCUUAUGUUAGUUUGUCGACCAGAGAAAUUUACUCUAAGGUGGGGAGGGAGCUGCUGGCUGCCAUAGCAACAGCCCAUCCUUAUAUCAUCUCUGUGCUCCUUGAGAGGCUGAGAGACACCAUCCAGUCUGUGGGAAUGAUGGCUUUGUACUUGUGCAAAGAGCUUCCCCUGAGUCUGUGGAAGCCGCAGAGAGAAGAGAUAUCUGUGAUUGGAGCCUGGCUGCUCCAGAACCCGCUGUCUGCAGUGGAGAACAGACUGGCUUGUGUCAUCCUGGAGGGUCUGAACUGGGGUUACACUCAGGACGGCUCUUUGGCGCUGGCGUCCGUCCUCCACAGUGAGGUGGCUCUGCUGGUGGCAGAAGCCUAUCAAAAAUAUCUCACAGACAAACCAUACAGUGGCCUCAUAUCCGAGGGAAUCAAACAGGUGUCUUAUCUAGCCAGCGUUCUUCGCCUGGGUGUGUCUCCAGAAGCGUCCUUUAGUCAGUGGGCGUGGCAGCUGUUGUUGAGGCUGAAGCUCCAUGGUAACGCCCAGAACCCUAAAGGGGGCUGGACGGUACCGGCCUUGGCUUCCAACCCACCUCCAGAGCUUACCCAUGCUCCCAGCAUGCACUCUGUUCUCAGGGCUGUAAAAGCUGGCCUCCCUAUUGGUUGCUACUUGUCCCUCGCUAUGACGACAGUGGGACACAGUUUGGAAAACUUCUGCACCGAUGGAGUUGAAUUGCUAAAAAAUCUGAUUCAGUCCCGCUACCUGAGAGCUGCUGUGCAUCUGUUGGAUAACAUCCUGCCCCCCACCUACCCUCUGAGCUUUUACCUCCUGAACAACUCUCACUUUGUCAGCUGCAUCCAGCUUUUCUUGCAGUACGACAGCGUGUGUCCUCAAGGUGUGACGCAGCAGGUCACACACCGUGUGGCGCCGCUGCUCACAGGAACCAACUACGGGGACAACGUCCGUCUGCUGAACAGCGUCAUUCAGAGUCAUGUGACGGAGAGCUCCCGGCCCGGUCGUGUCGGUGCCGCUGCCGUUUUGGAGUUUUGGGUGGGAAUCCUGACCCAGCAGAAUCUGUGGUAUCGUGACAAAACGGUUCUGUUCCUCAUGGAUCAGAUCUGCUGUGCUGCCUUUAUUCACCACCAGGAGGAAUGUGUGCAGAAGCUCCUGUACCAGCAGCAUAAGAAUGCUUUAGGUUACCAUGGAGAUCGGGGUCUGCUCUCCUCUCUGGUUGGCUGGAUUGCUGGAAAUGCCACGCCGUCCUUCAUCGAGGGCCAGUCCCUGAGCGGAGAGGUUUGGUUUGCUUGGCUGGUCCUGAACACGGAGGCCAUGUUUGAGGAAGAAUCUCAGCUAAGACGCUGCAUUGAGAAUGAGCUGCUGUCCGAGCCCAGCAUCUCACCGGAUCAGGCCUUAAAGAAGGCGCAGCAGAAGCUGAAGUUGCCUGUAGCCCCGUCUCUGCAGCGGCUUCAAUUGUACCGUUGGGCCUCCCAGGCCUUGGCCACGCCACCGGACCACCCCCUCCUUCCCCUCAUCUGGCAGAAGUUCCUGCAGCUCUAUCUCAGACAGCCUGGACCAGAGUACGGGCUGGCUGCCGGGGGAUGCAUCGGUAGGAGGUUCUUCCAGACUUCUUCUCAGGCUGCUUUGCUAAAAGAUCUGAGGCAGAGGUUACAAGAGGUGUCAGAUUUCCACCACACAGCCAGCCAGGCGCUCAGGGUGCCCCCACAACACACCCCCUCAUCAGAGAGCCAGGAGGACGAAAGCCCCCUGAAUCCCCAGCCGCUCUACCUCACCUCUCCCCAGCUCCACUCAGAACUGGUCCGGUUGUUUGGCGUCUUCGCUCUGUGGCUGGAUGACGAGACACUGCAGAAGCAGGAGGUUUACCUUCCCUGUCUGUCACCAGAGUACGAGCCUCACAGACUGGCUCAGGUCAUGCAGCGGCAGCAGGAGCUGUGGCUGGAGUACGUGGACCUGGAGCGUCUGCAGUACGAUGAGCAGGAGGUUUUGUCUCUGUGGGAGAAGGUGCAGAGUGAGCCAACCUUCCUGCAGACCCAGAACCCGGGCUUCGCUGACUACACUGGCCUGAGCAAUGCCCGAGAGCGCAUCAUGUCCAACCUGGAGAAGCACCCAGUUCCACUUCCAGCUCCUGAUCUCCAGCAGCUCCAGGCUCCCGUGGCCGAGGUUUCCCCCUCCUGCCUCACUGACUCGAAAGCUGCUGCCAGACUUUUACAGCAGGACCUCGGCGUUCUACAGGACCAGGCCAGGAUUGCGGUUGCACGUGAAGCACAGCAGGUGGCAAUGGAGCAGGAACUUUUGGAGAAUCUCCCUUUGCUCUUCAAGAACCAACCAGAGCAAGUUAGCAUGGCCCUGGAGUGCAAAGGGAAGGGCGGCCAGCCGUGUCAGGGCGCAGCAAACAUUACCGUCACGUGUGAGCGAGUCCAGAGACAGGAGGCGGUCCACAACCAGAUAACAUCUCUGCGUAGAGACGUCAAGAAGCUGCAGACUGAUGCUAUGGCUCCUCCACCUCAGAGCCUCGCCCAAGCUGCAGUUCACACCGAGAACUUCAUCACAGCUCUGGUGAAUAUUUAUAAAGCUCAGAAAUCUCCGGCGGUGCAGCAAGUCGGUGUGUCCGCCUUUUACCAGGUGGUCUCCUUUGUGUGUGAGGACACCCUGCGACACCCACCGACACGCCAGUAUCUCUCCUCGUGUGUGGAGAUACUCGGACAGGUUUUCAUCCAGGGCAAUCCAAAAGAGUGCGGUCGUGUCCUGAAGACCAUCCUGGAGCACCGGCUCCUUUGUCCCCUCCUUUCCCCUUUCUUCACUCCGAACGCAGCUCCGGAUCACUUUGUCUUCCUCUACCAAGAUGUGGUGACAUCCCUUCACCUCGACACUGCUGACAUCAUUUUCAUGCUGCUCACUAAGUUCGAUCUCUCCCAGUGGCUGAAUGAGGCUCAUCCCGUGUUUUCGGAGAGAACCCGUUUGCUGGAGCUGGUCCACGGAGCUAUGUGUGUCUGCGGCCGAGACCCCGAGUCAGAACUCCUCAUGCCUUUUCACCUCUUCGCCAAACACUGGACCUUGCUUUUACGCCACCAUUUUCCCGACCAUUACAGCGACUGCCUACGUCUGCUAAUGACCAGUUCUGCAGACCAGCUGCUGAGUCCAGAGUGCUGGAAAGUGACCCUGCGAGUGCUGGGCUGCUUGCCUCCAACCCGCAGCUCUAAGAACAGACCUGAACCGUCGUUCAGCUCCACGGUUGGCGCCACAGCUUCCCCUUACCGAUCCCCCAUAAGUCUCUCUCCUCAGCAGGUGGAGGAGACUGUGAACUGGCUGAGUGACUACUUCCUGCGAAGUCGCCUCAGUAAGGCCGACCUCCGCAGCUUUGGCCUGUACUCCGCCUGGGUUCCCUACAUCAGUGAUGUCGUUACCUUCUGGGAACAUCUGACUGGUUGCCUUAUCAACACACAGGUCAGCAGCUGCACCAGAGAGCCAGUAGGCAGCAACAAAGUAACGAAAGCUCUGCAGGAUUUGCACAGUAAGCUGGUGAACUUGUUUAUGCCGUGGAUCUUUCCUCUGGACACUAAUGAUGCAGGUAAUGGGAAGUGCUACCCCUGGCUGGAGACGGACGCAGUCGCAGCAGGAUGUCUGGUCGGUCUGUAUGUCCAGCUCACCGACACACUUCAUCACAAAUUCAGAGAUCGCCUGCUGCCUGGACAGAGAGGGGCUCUGUGGCUGUGUUUGAUGCAGUACUGUGAGAGCUGCACCUCCCCCCGCACGCCUGAGUACCUGCUGUACCUGUACCACACACACCUCCGCAGCCUGCCCUGGAGGCACCUGCAUCCUGACACUCAGCUCAUGGAGCAUUUAUUCAAUGUGGAGAGAGGAAGUCCCAAGAGCUGCUUCCUGUUCAUGGGUGAGCUGAUGUGUGAAGUGAACUGGGUCAGUGUUUUAAGCGACCACUUAGAAGCGCCUCCCAGCUCUACAUCAUAUCCGGCUCUGUCAUCCGUGGCUACGCAGAAAGAUUCGCACACCAUGUUGGUCUAUCUGUUAUACAUGUUGGUGUUUCUGGCCAAAGAGGAGCAGCUCCUCACUAAACAGGACUCCCCUCUGCUCAGCCUGCUGGUUCAGUCCACAUCUCUGCCUUGGUACCAACUGGACCUGUCUUCAUACCAGGGCAUUCUGGGAUAUGUAGGCACCCACUAUCCUCCAUCUUUGCUGCUCAGUGGUGAUUCUGCCCCCCAGCUGCUCCUGAAGUUACUUCGUGGUGCUGCGGGGCUCCAUCCACAUCCCAGUGAAGCUCCACACCAGGAGGAAACCCUGAAGGCCGGAGGCUACUUCUCCUGGUCUGUGAAGUCACUGGUGACCCUGGAGCAAGGAGGUGGGAUCAACCUCGGCAGCUUGGAGGCUCAGCUAGAGACGCUUCUGGAAAGCGUUGUAACGUUCAACCCACCAGACGUGGGCUUGGAGCAGAGGCACAUGGCGUUCUGUGGUCUUUUCAGCGACGCCUUGACUUUGCUCAACGGAGUCGGGGUCUCGACAGGCGAGGCACUGGCUGCUCACGUCAUUACCUGGCUGGACAGGAAGGGGAGGGGCUGUCCCAUUCUGCCUUUACUCACAGCCUGCUCCCGGUGUCUGGCAUCAGUGCGACACAUGACGCGCAUCAUGGAGGCCUGCAUCACAGCAUACUUCAACAAUUCUGAGGAAGAGUCUGUUGGCUGGGGCCCUGUGCUGGCAUCACUGCAGGUGCCUGAGCUCACAAUGGACGACUUCCUCUCCGAGAGCCAAUCAGGAGGCAGCUUCCUGACGCUCUACGCCUUCAUCUUGCAACGCCUCAAUAGCGAAUACACAGCAGCCAAUCAGAGGAGGAUCCUGGCUCUCAUUAGCACAUGGACCACGCAGGUCUUCCCCAGCGGUCCGGGCGAUGAAGCUAAGCUGUUCCUUUGGUGGCACAAAGCCCUGAACCUGUCAGUGGAGCAGCUGCAGCCGCAGGCAGGAAACACUGAGGGGUCAGGGGUCAUCAUGGGGCUGGUGCGGCUGCAGACCAGGCUGCUUCAGCUGGGAGAGGAAAGGCUGAACUCUGGGCUGCUGGGAGCCAUAGGCCUUGGGAAGAAGUCUCCAGUUUCUAAUAAAUUCAGGGUGGUGGUCCGCAGCCUGGCAGCGUUCCUGUCCAUCCAGGUGCUGUCAGAGACCGAGCUGAGACUCCAACCCACCACAGAUUUACAGCUUUCUCCAAAAGCACAACAGAUGUUAGGGAUGUUGGAGAUCAUGUCCAGCAAUAAGCAGUACGCUGAGCUACAGGAGGCUUUAAAUAAGGCAAUCCAGUUCAUCCGAUACCCAGGGCAUUGUGUCAAAGAUGGACCCCGCCUCCUGGCCCUGCUGGUUAACCUUCUGUACUCGGACCUCAGAUAUCUGCACGUCAUCCGUUAGCCUUGGUUUUUUCUUUUUUUUUUACUCUGGCAAGCAGCCGAAAUGUGAAAGACUUCAGCCUCCUGCAGUUGAAAGCGGGAGAGUAAACAUCUGUGGAAAUGAGAAGAUGAUGGAGCACAAAGUUUUCAAGAAGUGACGCUGAUCCUGUUGUUCUGCCAGUGUGGGCUGUGCAUGAUAGAAACUGCAUCAUGACUCUUGACAGAAAUCAAAAUAUUUAAUUUUGUGCCAAUUUCUGGCUUUUUUAGCACUUUACUUCUGUGUCUCUUGUGUUCAUGCCUCGGCAGUUUGCUUUCAGCAACAUGUGUUUUUAUGACUUGGAGAGGAUGUGGUGCAUAUUUAUUGAUGAAUAAGAGUUUCAGCGCUGCGGUGUAGGUGUGAGUUUUACACUGACACGUAAAAUCUCAGCAGAGAAAAAGAUGAAGGGUCCAGAGAUCACUGGAAGCAUUGAUCUAAUAGGUUGGUAGUUUAGUAAUGUGUUCUUAAAAUGUGUCGGGGAACCUUUGAGGGAAGCUGGAUAGUUUUUAUCUUUAGCUCUUAGUCAGUCUGAAACUUCUCAACUCUUUGUACUGUACGCAUCCAAAUGCUUCAUUCUUUUUUCAGUAUUAUUCAGCCAAAAGUGCUCUAUUUGCAUUUGCCAAAGAGUAGUUAUUGUUUUUCCUUUGCUCAUUUUGCCCAAGUCCUGUUUUCAUCCAUCUGUGUUCUGAAAGCACACCAAGCACCACCUCCAAUGUGCCCAACCACUUGGCUUCCUUAUAAAGUAGUGUACUCGCAAUGUUAUACAGAUGGCUAAUGCUGCAGGUAUUUCUCAUGGAGAGAGAAAGAGAGAGAGGGGGAAACUGUCUGAGCGUUCAUGCAAUCUAGCAUUUACAGACCUGAAGAUUUUCAAAUUGAAGCGAACAUUCAGAUUGUUUUUAACUUUUAAUCACUCUCCUCCGCUCGUUUCUCCUGCUGCUCUGUGCCAUCUCAAGAACAGCCAAGCUGCACUUCAGCAGCCUGGAGCUCGUUUUAUCGCCGAUGUCGGUGUUAUAUGGGGACUGUUAAUGUCGAAAGCUUUUCUCUCUUCUUUUUUUUUUUUCCUUGUAAUGAGUCACUGAUCAAGAAAUGCUCUGCUGGAAGGCUACACAGGGUGGGGGGAGCUACAGAGCCAAGCUGCCCAAAGGAGGCAAGACAAGUAAAUAAAGUUGACUGAAUGUAUCA